CAUCGAUCAGAUAAUCGAUCAUCACUCAAUAUCAGAGAGCCAAACAUCAUGUACGCCAAGGCUGUUCUCGCGGUUUUGCUGGGCUCCGGCCUCGUGUCGGCUCAGCUCAACACCCUUGCCGUCCGCGCCGGUCUGAAAUACUUCGGCACGGCCGUCGAUGAGCGCCGCACUACCACGGAUGCCGCCUACAUGGCCAUCGUCAACAACACCGCUGACUUCGGUUCCCUGGUACCUGAGAACGGACAAAAGUGGGCGUACACCGAGCCUACUCAGAACACCUUCUCUUACACCUCAGGAGAUGUCAUCCCGAAUAUUGCAAAGGCAAACGGACAGAUUUUGAGAUGCCACACGUUAACAUGGCACUCUCAACUCCCAAACUGGGUCUCGAGCGGAUCAUGGACAGCAGCAACUCUGACUGCCGUCAUCAACACGCACAUUUCCAACGUUUUGAAGCACUACCUUGGCCAGUGCUACGCCUGGGACGUCGUCAAUGAAGCCGCAGCCGACGACGGAAGCUGGCGCACCAGCGUUUUCUACACUGUUCUCGGCACGGAUUACCUCCCCAUCUCCUUUAGAGCCGCCAGGGCCGCUGACCCCAACGCGAAGCUCUAUUACAACGACUACAACCUAGAGUACAACGGCGCAAAGACCAACCGCGUCUAUGAGGCCGUCACCAUUGUCCAGAAUGCCGGCGCCCCCAUCGACGGCGUCGGCUUCCAGGGCCACCUGAUCGUGGGCUCCACCCCGGGCCGCAGCGCCCUCGCGACCGCCCUUCGCCGCUUCACCGCCCUCAACCUCGAAGUCGCCUACACGGAGCUCGACAUCCGACACUCCAGCCUGCCCGCCUCCAGCGCCGCCCUCGUUACCCAGGGUAACGACUACGCCAACGUCGUCGGCUCCUGCCUGGACGUUGCUGGGUGCGUCGGUGUCACCAUCUGGGGCUUCACCGACAAGUACAGCUGGAUCCCCGAGACUUUCAGCGGUGCCGGUGAUGCUCUGCUCUGGGAUGCAAGCUUUAACAAGAAGCCUGCGUACACGUCUGUUUCGUCCGUUCUCGCUGCUGCUGCCACUGGUGCCGUUCCAACUACGACUUCUCGCGCGACGACUUUGAUUACGACAACUACUUCUGCUGCUGCGACUACGAGUACUGCUGCCUCUGGCACGGGGCAGGUUCGCUGGGGCCAGUGCGGUGGUAUUGGCUGGACUGGGUCUACUACGUGCCAGUCUCCUUACGUCUGCACGAAGUCCAAUGACUACUACUCUCAGUGUCUCUGAGAAUCUGCAGUCCAUCAACCAUGAGAUCACUCUCUCUUUCUCGGGUAAUGAGCAAGACGUAGGGAGGGUAUGGCACUUUCAGGCAUGGCGGGGUAGAGGUGGGGUUGGGUUCUGUAGGCCCUGUUGGUUGAACGAGAUGUAAAUACUUCACCUUCAUGUUCAUACUUACUUAGUACUGUCGAAUCAUGGCGAAUGAAUUCAACUGUGUACUCUCGUCAUACACUCCUCUGGGUGUUGCCGGUUCUUUCGAUGCAGUGUUUGAUGUUUUGUGCAACCAUCAACGUCACGAUUGACAAUCGCAGGGAG